AUGUCCACACCCUUAUUUUCUUUUUUUGUGAAUUUUCAAUAUAUUUCCUUUUCAUUUUUUAGUAUAAAAUUCAUAGAAAAUAAUAUUCUUUGA